GAUGACAGCCUUUUCACACGAGGGAGCAUUUUCUCUGGCAUAGAAUACCAAUAAAAAAUUGUUCUAGACUUAUUCAUGAUAUCUUGGAAAUAUACUUGUCAACAUAAACUGAAUCCUUUCUCCUCAUGGAAAACCUUAUUUAAGUCAGAUAGGAAGUAGACAACAAAUAGAACAAUCCUUAUUGGAGAUGGCAAAAGAUGGCAUGAAUUACGAUGGCCUUAGCCACCAGGGCUCGAUUGAUGACUUCUUACUUGAAGACGACUUCUUUAAUCCUAACCCUAUUCUCUCUGAGAUGUACUCAACAUUAAGCCCUACUUGCAUAAUCGAAAAUAAUGCGCAAAAAGCACUCAUUUCUCCACCUUCCUCUUCUUCUUCCUCCUCCUGCUCUGAGGUUCUCAUUUCUUUUUCGACACCAACUAAAAGAGAUGUUGAAAAAUCAUACUUUGACCCUUUAACGAACCAUUUUGAAGAAUCGACUGAAAAUAAUAAUAUCUACAAGAAGAAUUCUGUAGAAGCAGGUGAUCAUGCUAUAUUGGAGAGGAAACGUAGACAGAAGUUGACUCAGCUAUUCAUUUCCUUGUCAAAGAUUCUUCCGGGAUUGAAGAAGAUGGACAAGGCUUCUCUACUAGGAGACACUAUCCAGUACAUGAAAGAGCUUCAACAACGUGUAAAAUUUCUUGAAAAAGAAAUAAAAAAUAACCCUAGCAAAAGAUCAUUGGCAGCAAAAGUUCCUUCGGAUGUUUCAUUGUCCCAAGGAAGUGAUUAUAGUAGCAAUGAGGAAGACAUAGUGCCAGAGAUCAACGUAAGAGUAUUUGAUAAAAGUGCACUUAUUAACAUUUAUUGCAACAAACAAAAUGGAGUUGUCGGAAGAAUAGUGUCGGAAAUGGAGAAAUUGCAUCUUUCAGUCCGUGACAUGAAUAUAAUGUCAUUUUGUCGUACUAGUCUUGACAUAUCCAUUGUAUCUGAGAUGGAGAAUGGAUUCGAUGUAAAUGUUGAAGACAUUGUAAAAGCCUUUCAAAGCAAACUUUCAGGGGAAGUCCAUUGUUUGCGUCUAUGAUCAUUUCUCUUCUGAUCUUCUACAGCCUUCGACUUUAUGUAUUUUCUUGAUCUCUUUGAAUAAAAUAACCAUUCUUAUUUUACGUAACUACAUGAACACGAUGUUUAAUUACCAAUAUUUACCAAUGUAAUGAAAUGCGGUAUAUAUAUAUAUUAAAAAAAAA